AUGAACUUUGAGGAUUACUUUUCAUUUCAAAUAUUCUUUAUUUUCUUACGUGAAACUUUGGAAAUUGUCGUUAUUAUAUCGAUAUUACUAACUAUUGUUAGACAAGGUUUAUCUGUGGAUAGCGGAUCUCAGAACACCACUGGACUUGAAAAUGAAGUUGAGAAUGAGAACAACUCAUUAACAGUAUCUAAAACUAAUACAGCAUCUCCAGUUAGUACAACUGUUGAAACCUCAGAAAAUCAACCUUUGACGUUCGAAGAAGAAGAAGAAGUUUUUGAGCACCCAAGAGAAUUUACUCCAUCUGUGAUUGCCAAUGACGAACAUAUAGACAAUUUUAAACUAUAUAAGAAACUCAGAAUUCAAAUUAUCUCUGGGGGUAUGUUUGGCCUUGUCUUGUGUAUGUUGAUUGGUGGUACCUUUAUUGCAAUUUUCUAUCAUAUCGGUACUGAUUUAUGGAGUGUAAGUGAACAUUAUUAUGAAGGUAUAUUAAGUAUUAUUGCAUCCGUUAUUAUAUCAGUAAUGGGGUUGUUUUUCUUACGUAUGGGUAAGUUAAGAGAAAAGUUUAGGGUGAAGUUAGCAUCGAUGAUCUACUCCGAACAUGGUAAUUUAUUAGAACGUCAAGCUGUAAAUGAUUCUAAAAAUGUUGUUAACUUUAGCGAAAAGUAUGCCUUUUUUAUUCUACCAUUUAUUACGACCUUAAGAGAAGGUUUAGAAGCUGUUGUGUUUGUUGGUGGCGUAGGGAUAGAUCAACCUCUGUCAUCCAUUCCUCUUUCAAUGGCAUGUGCGACAUUCAUAAGUGGUAUUUUUGGUGUCUUUUUCUUUAAAUAUUCAUCCUCUUUAUCAUUAAAAAUUUGCUUAGUCGUAGCAACCUGUUUCCUAUACCUUAUUUCAGCUGGUCUAUUUUCGAAGGGUGUAUGGCAAUUGGAAUUGCAAGAUUAUGUGAAUAAAUGUAACGGCCAAGAUAUGAGUGAAGUUGGAAGCGGGCCAGGUUCUUACGAUAUUACAAGAUCUGUCUGGCAUGUUAAUUGUUGCAAUGGUGAGACUGAUGGGGGUUGGAUGAUUUUAACUGCACUUUUUGGUUGGACAAAUAGUGCUACCUAUGGGUCAGUUAUUAGUUAUAAUAUUUAUUGGUUAGUGUUAAUUUUGAUUAUUAAACUAUUGAUGAUUGAAGAACAAAAGGGUUACAUUCCCGGCAUCCCAAUUAAAUGGCAAAUGAAGAGAAUUAAGAAAAGAAUGGGCAUUGCAAAAGCAUCUAUCGAUCUAAGAUCCAACAUACCUUCAGUAACCUCUAGCGAACCAAACUCCGCAAAUGCCCCUAGUCAGAGAAAGUCAAAUGAUAGUAAAACUCCAUUGAUUAGCAGAGAAUAA